ACAGGAUGAAGACACUUAACUGUUAUGUGCUGUUAUUCUGCUGGAAAGCAAUCUGUUGCUAUAGCUGUGAACUCACCAACAUUACUAUAGCAGUGGAAAGAGAAGAAUGUGAAAUGUGCAUUACGGUGAAUGCCACGUGGUGCUCAGGAUACUGCUUCACAAGGGAUCCAGUAUACAAAUAUCCACCGGUCUCAUCUGUUCAGCAAAUAUGUACCUUCAAGGAGGUUGUGUAUGAAACAGUGAAGAUCCCUGGCUGCGGUGACCAUCCUGAAUCUUUUUACUCAUACCCAGUAGCUACCGGGUGCCACUGUGAGACCUGUGACACUGAUAGCACUGACUGCACCGUGAGGGGACUGGGGCCAUCCUACUGCUCCUUCAGUCACAAUGGAAGCAAUCAAUGAAGGGUACUUGAUGCAGCAGCUUGGCUUUGAAUUUUCACUUCUAAGCAGAUAAGGGUAUUGAACAGGCUGAAUAGACAAGGCUACUGAGAAACUGCCAAGCUUGAAACAAAAAUUUUUAAGGCCAAAAUGGAGAGCUACUGACUAAACUUCUCUUCAGGCCUUCUCUAUUUUUUCUGUUAUUUUCCUGAAAGUCAUUUUCAUGGGUGCACGGAAUGCAGAUUCUGCCUUUCUCCCUCUCCUUUAUUCCAUCUUCAUUCUCUAGGUUUCUUUAUUUCCACAGCUUAGUUCACUUAACUUAUUCCAUACUAUUCUAUGCUUUUAAAACAUUCCUGACUUUAUUAUGCCCUCAUUUCCAUCUCUCAUCAGAACUCACUUAUUUUAAAAAGCCUUGCAGCACCGGUUUUAAUUACACGCAACAUCCAUGCCCUUACUGUCUAAAUUCUAGUUAGACUCUCUUAGCUGAGACUCUGACUUUUUCAGCAAAAUAUUGCAUGCAGUCAUUACGCUCUGUAAACAGUAGCAGCAUGUUUAUUUAAGAGCCAUGUUUGAACCUAUGUUCGAAUGUUGAAAGUUACCAAACUCUUCUGCUUUCUUAUUAAGGCUUGUUAGCUCUGGCUCAGUGCCACAAUAACAAAUGGCAUGAAGUCUAUCCAGUUCAUGCUUGGCUAACUCACUGCUUGAAAUGCUGAGCUGUCAACCUCAAAAAAUUGUGAAAUAUUGCCACAAAUCUGAAACACUGGAUUUCCUCUCAUUAUGCAACAGAACAUAAGAAUAAGAAUUAUUUUAAUAGAGAAGAAGACUCACAAAUGAUUUAGGGAUAAAUCUAGAGAAACCUGACCCUGGCAGGGCAAAUCUGGAGUCAGAACAUACCUUGCAAGUAGUCUGCAGUAGUGCCUCUGAGAAUAGAAGUUUAUACAGCUCUGCAGCAACCUAAUUCUGCAGUGAGCAAAAUGAAUGGGACAGAAUGGGACUGAAUCAGAAUGGAAAAUUAUCUCUGGUCUGAAAACUACAUAAUGAAAUCUACCGACACAAUCGUCAACACAAAUACACAAUGGAGAGCACCUGGCUCAGCAGCAGUUUUGCACAGAAGACUUGGAGGUUAUACAAGCAGGGAAUCAGUCCACAGUACCAUACUACUAUGGAAAACCUGAAUUGUAUAGGGUAGAGCCAACAAGAUACAACCUACUUCCACUAUUAUGUUCAACCUUCUGAGGGUCUCAACCAAGUUUUGGACACUGAACUUCAAGGCACUGAGCAACUGGAGAAAGAUCACAGAACAGAAAUAACAAUGGAGGCCUAAAUAACACAUCUUAGUAGAAAAAGUGUUGGGUUUUUUGUCUUGUUUUUUUCAGGUGUAGCUGCUUUUCUUAGGGGGUGGAAAGAUCUGAGGGAAGAAAAAAGUGAAACCUUUUACAUGCUUGAAUUCUACUACAAAAAGAAGGUCUGUUUGUCAUGCUUAUAGUGAACAGAACAAUGAACAUUAGGUCAUUAGCAGACCUUACAGAAGGAAAAGUCAGCCACUGAAAUAAAUUGUUGAGGAGGUGGGGGAAGGAAAGAAGACAGAGGGGUAUCUGUGCAGUAGUGACAGAAAGAACAAGAACUCCAAGACCAUGCUGGCCUGUUGGGAAUGACAGCAGCAACGAUAACCUGCUAUGAUGCAGGGACUGUGGAAGUUCACCUCUUGAGGUACUUCCCAAUACUAUUUUAGUAUUACUUGACCAGCUGUCAUGACUGCUUUUGAGAUCCUUACAGAGAUGUUUAUUUGUCUGUUACUCUGGAUCACUCUUUGUAUGGAUAUUUUAAUUUAUUUCAUUUGUAACUUUUUUUUUUUUACUGUAAAAUACUAGUGUUCUUAAUUGUAUUUAUAAGAUGUAUCAUUGUGGACAUUGACUUUGGUCUAGUGAAAUUUUAAAAGUGGUAAAGCUACAGGUAAAUGAAAUUGCCUGUCAUUUCAAUUUUAAACAAGAGUUGGCUUUCAUUUAAAUCCAACUAUGUUGUCCACAUUGGGAAUUAUUCAAUUCUAGAUGAGGGAAUUCUGAAUAAAAAUUGUGAAAUAGAGUGGCUUACAGCAAAAAGUAGGAAAAGUGUGUGUUUUCAAAAUACAACUGUAAGCAUCUGUACUAUCUGUUGUAUAUUU